AUGUCAUUGGAACAAUCUACACAAGAGUUAAUAUUGUUUGGUCAAUUGUCGUCUUCUCAGUCACAAACACAACAACCAUCUUCUUCACCACCAAAAGAGGUAAUCCCACCAUCGUCCAUCGUAAAAACUACAAGAAAGAGAAAUGAUUCAAUUAUCACAACAGCUACUACAACAACAACAACAACAAGAGUUGAAACAGUCUCUACACCAACAAUCGAUCUCGAUUGUCCUUUCUGGGCAUCGGAACCAAUGUCUUCACGAAAUGAUCAUCUGAAAUUUUAUAAAGGGGGUGAGAGAUCUUCAACUUUUACCAUUCCACUCGAUGAUUUAAAAUAUAUUAUUUUAGGAAGAUCAACAACUUUAUGUGAUUAUGCAUUGACACAUCCAACAAUUUCCAGAAAACACGCAAUGUUGGCACACGAUUCUGAUGGCAGACUAAAUAUUGUUGACUUGAAUUCAUCGCACGGUACAUUUAUUGAUCAGGUGCGCAUUGAGUCGAGUAUUCCACAUCUGCUGAAGCACGGUCAAAAGAUAUACUUUGGUGGCGACCAAUCGUUCAUGAUCGUCUCCAAUAACAAUAUGAAUCGCUACGUGGCAGAGUCACUCCUGCUGAAAAAGAUGGAUCUCUCCAAGAAGCGCUCGGAAAGUCCGUCACCUCCCGAUAAGCAGUUCGAGGAGGAAGAGGAAUCGUUGCGCGAUGAAAUCACCAAAUUCUACGGACAUCUCAACAAGACGUUGCACCUCGACGACACCACCGAUUUCGAAUCGAUACAGGCCACCAUCAAAAAGCUGACGCCAACGAGCAGUCCAUCGAAGAAGCACUCUGGCGCCAAGCGUAAAAACUGUCUGGAGAGCUACGACAAGAACGUCAGAUUCAGCAGUUUAGUAUCGAAAUUCGUUUACUCUGAAGAGGAUCAAGUCACCGAUCAAUAUCCAAUCGUUCAAUCCUAUGAUUCAUUAAAUGAUUAUUUAAAUAACCAACAAAACCAACAGAAACAACAUCAACAACCAAACCAACAACAAUCACCACAACAACCAAAUAUCAUAAGAUUAACACCACCAAAACCUUUAUUGUUUUCAGAUGAAGAUUGUGACAAUAUCAAUGCUACUACAACAACAACAACCACUACUAAUAUCAACAGCAACAACAACCCUUUUUCCAGUACUACACAUUCAGAUAGCCAUUAUCUGAUAUCUUUUGAACAUCUUUUACAACCAGCAUCACCUACAUCCACUAUUAGGGAAUUUUGGGUUAAUGGUGAUGUUGAUGAUGUUGAUGAUGUUGAUGAUGAUUGA